AUGAUCGAGGACGGCAAGGCCAUGGGGGUCAGCAGCACCGCCACCAUACAGUCGUACGCCCGCGUGCCCUUUUUCGACCCGCGCGGCGCGUUUCAUCUGCUCGAGGGCAGGCCCGUCUUGGUCAUCUCGGGUGCUCAGGACUCCAUCUCGCCCCUAGAGGUGCAGAAGGAUUGGCUACUGAGUCGGCUGCCCGAGCCAAAGGAGCAUCAUGUCGAGCCCGACGGUGGCCACAUGGAUAUGCUGAGCGGUGGAAUCUUUCCCAAGAUUAUGGAGGUGCAGCUGGAGCCCGACAGUUUUGCGUCGAUGUUAUUUACAACCUUUGCUUCCAUCCCCUACGGAAAAUCCCUGGAUCCAAGCUCCAUGGCGCCACACGCUUCGUCAAAGAUAUCAGACUCCUCCGACCUGAUGAGCCAGCUCGUCUUUGGCAACUCUCUGGGUCUGCUCGAUGGCAACCCGCAGUACGUGGGCUGGGUCCGCGCCAUGCUCAGCGGCCUCAAGUGGGUGGUGUUGACGGCCGUGCUGAUGCAGGUUCCCCUCCUCGGGUCACUGCUGCAAGCGCUGGCCACGGGGCCGAUGAAGGGCAUCGUCGGCGCGCACUACCGACUCGCCUCCGAGCUGGUCGAUCGGCGGCUGGACCCCAAGUCUGCACACACUGGCAAGCCCGACAUCUGGAGCUUCGUGAUUGGACGUCAACCGCACGAGACACGGAAGCAAACCAAGGACCUGACCCGCGACGAGGCGCACGUCGCCGCGAGCAUGCUGAUGAUCGUGGGCUCCGAAACCACCGCGACUACCUUGUGCGGGCUGAUGUACUAUCUGGGGCGGCAGGCAAACCGCCGGGUGCACGACAGGCUGGCGCGUGAGAUCCGGUCGACCAUCCGAAACAGCGACGAGAUCCAGAACGAUCCUGGCAUGCUGGCGCAGAUGCCUUAUCUCAACGCCGUCAUCCAGGAGGGUGUGCGAUUGUACAUGCCGGGUGGUAUCACGCCGCGUGUUGUGCCCGGGGCGGGGGCGACUAUCUGUGGUGAAUUUAUCCCGGGAGGUACCAGGGUCGCAUACCAUUCUCCGGCUGCUUUCACCAACCCGAUGAAUUUUACUCGGCCCCACGAGUUCUUGCCCGAGAGAUGGCUCAACCCGGAUGAUUCCGAGUUCGCUGGGGAUCGCAGAAGUGUGUUGCAACCCUUUUCGGUUGGGCCACGCUCAUGCACUGGAAAAGAUCUUGCCUGGGCUGAACUUCGCAUGUUUCUCGCCAAGGUCAUCUGGCACUUUGACGUUGCCCUCUGCGCCGAGUCCGAAAAUUGGAUCGUCGGACAAAAGACGUACAUUUCGUACCAAAAGGACCCGAUGAGAUGCAAAUUUACGCCGGCCACCGCGGGGAGCUCUGGUAUCAGCAGCGCGUCGUCGUAA